AUGUUGAGACAACUCCUCCACCAACCGCGUUUUGUGAUGUGGCCCGCUUUAGCGCUAAGAUGCGUCAUGAAUGUAGGCGUAGUUACUCGUCCCCAUGCAACUAUAGUUCUUUUCACAUCUGUACGCUUCGCUACAACAGGUGCGGGAGCAGCUGAGGUUAAGCAGCAGCGUCGGAAGAAGAAAUCCGAUGCGGUGGGAUCUGAAAGCACGAGGAAUACCUCCGUCGAAGGUAAGCGCAAAACCCGCCGAGGCGGGGCGGCAUCGAAAGCAGUGGGAAAUGAUGAGAACAAAGGGGAUGGGUUCGAUGCAGAUGAUAUUAGAGGGGACAGCGCAAAACCAUGGGAAGAAGAGGAGGAGGAAGGUUUCCCAUUGGUGGAAGCCGACGAUGUCCUCAACGGGGCGGAUGGCAUUUCACCACGAGGCCGCCGGCGGGUGGUUGAAUCGGUUGUAGCAGAUGAAUAUGAUGCCGCUGAGGAACCUGAAGAUGAUGAAGUAGCCGCAUCUGCAGGGGAAACCGCCGCCGACGGAGUAGAUGAGAUUGCACCCACUGAUGGGGAAAGUAGAUAUUUAAAAGACCGCUUUCCAGAUUUGGUGGCGGAAUACGAUGAAGAUACGAAUGAGGAGCCUGCUGGUGAGGUUUUAGUAGACAGCGCCCGAGUGGUGUCGUGGAAGUGCGUGGAAUGUGGGUUCAAGUGGAAGAGUGGCGUAUUUGUGCGUACAUGUCUUCGAACGAAGUGUCCUCAGUGCGAGCAGAUCCGAAAUCCUCGUCUGACCGCACGUUUUGUUCAGCUCUGGGAUCAAUCCCUCAAUGAUCCGUGUGUGGACCCAAAGACAGUUGCGGCGAGCAGCAACAAAUCCGCCUAUUGGCGCUGCUCCAACUGCAACACAAGCUUUAAGGCACGAAUCAAGGACAUGGUCUCCGACAAGGCGAAGUGUCCGUCAUGCUCGAUGUUGAACCUCGAUGCUGACUUUAGCAAGUAUGAGAAUGGGCUGUUGCAGGAGUGGCAUCCCCUUAAAAAUGGUGACUUGCAACCCGGUCAGGUGGAGCCAACGGAUCAAACAAAGUUGUGGUGGCUAUGCAUGGCAUGUGGUCAUGAAUGGGAGGCAACACUUGCUGCGCGACUAAGCAAGUCUAGGCGGACAAAAGGAAAGGACUGCCCCGUAUGCCACGGAAAAGGGAAGUCCUGA